AUGCCAUUACUCAAUCGCAUUCGCGAGAGUUUCAGAGCUCUUGCUAUUAGCGGACACCGAGACACUGACGAGCGCAAUAACAUCGACAAUGUAGAAUCUUGUUUGGAAGAAAUACCAGAAGAAACACUUGCAUCUUCUGGUCACGCUGUUUCAUCUGACGAGCGCAUAUCCGGGGAAACUGACACAUUAUCCUUCACUAUCCAACAGUCAAGGUAUUAUGAACAUCAUAGCAAUACUGAAGUCACAGAGGAUGCUCGUUUCGACACAAGACCCGACAAUCCAGAUUUCGAAGAUGUCUACGCCAAUGAUCGGUCUUCACCUAAUCUCCCAGAGCCUCUACCUGAGUUACCCGAAGGCCUAACCCCAUACUUACAGCAUAUUGGGGGUAUCAGGCUGAUCCACCCUCAGUAUCUCCCACAUGAUUAUCCUCACCGCCGGGUCCAUGUUUACGGAAGGAUGUUCCUCAUUGAUGUUCCAAAUCUUGCUUUUGAGGACAUCGCUAGGGAAACUGCAAUUGAGCGGGCUCUCGUUCCCACAGCUGAUAUGGAGAAUGAUUCAUGUGCGAUUUGUCAAGACCCAUAUGAUUUGGAAACACAUCAACCUGUCAAAGUCCCUGUUUGUGGUCAUAUAUUGGGUAAAGCAUGCAUCAUGAGAUGGUUGGAGAAGGUUUCGGCCAACAUGACUUGUCCAAUGUGCAGGAAGAUUGUCGAGAUUCCUCCAGUUCACAUGAGCACGCCGCAUAUGAGAUCGAUGGGACAGGAACCAGGGAACUUGAUCUAG